AUGGUUGCCCAGAGUGUCACGUGGCUUGUCCUUUACAGCUGCCUUGCUGUGUUUACCAUCAUCGGCAAUUCACUCUCUAUAGCAGUGUUUCUUAAGAACUCAAGACUACGACGCAUGCGCACGAGCAUGCUACUUAUCAACCUAGCAGUUGCUGACCUGCUCGUGGGCGCGGUUGCUGUCCCAAUGUACAUGGUGUUUCAAUGGCCUCAAAGCAAACUAGCGCAAUCCCCAAGCUUCCACAUAAGUUACGACGCUAUUGAUAUACUUACUGGCUUUGCUUCGCUGUUUGGCUUGUCAGUAAUAGGACUGGAGCGUGCUUUUUCAGUAUUUUGGCCUCACAGGCACAGAACCGCGGGAAAACUACCAUAUUUCGCAGCUGUUGUCUUGUGCUGGCUCCUUUCAUCUCUGCAAGUCCUACUGCGCGUUCUAACACAAAAAAACAUCGUGGAAUUCAGGAUUUUCUUCUACAACAUGAUGAUCGCGCUUUCCCUCGUUCUUGUUGUAAUGCUCUCUACUUAUACCGCAGUCUGGUAUAAAGUGCGGGCUCGUCAAAACGAGCUUCGCAAGCGAAGUAAGCGGAGGUAUAUUCGAGAAUCAGUUGAAAGAGAGCGGAAACUUAUUCUAACAUUAGCAAUAGUUACAGGUGUUUUUUUGAUAACUUGGCUUCCUUUUCACGUUCUCAACAUCUUCGUGUUUUUUUGCAUAAAGUGUCGACCAAACAAACUCUCGGUUUUCCUGAAUCUAAUACGCGCAGUCAAACUUCUUCAUUACAGCAAUUCGUUCAUGAAUCUUAUCAUCUACAGCUUUAGGUUCCCUGACUUUCGGCGAACUCUUUGUUGUUUUUUUGGAAGGAACUUGCGAGUGCACCCAGUACAAUCAAACGUAAUUGGAGCGAUGAGUUCGCUGAACACGAACAAUCAAAGUCCUUUGGAAACGGAAGGAGCAAGUAAGGUUUUUCAAUGA